GAUGGAGUGGCCAUUUUAAUAAAAAAUCCUCAAGUUCUGGUGAAGGGCAGCACUGUGGAGAGUGCUUUUAGAUCUGGACCGAGCCAUCUUUUAUUUUCUGUGGGGCUCGAAGUGGGAAAGGCUAAGAAGAGACAUCAUGAAGAAGCCAAAAGAAAAAGGAGGAAAAGGAGUGCCCGAUUUAUAUUUGUUUUUAGGAAGUAGAUACAUCACACUACACCUCAAAACAGCCACAGACCCAUCCGGAAACCCCAAGACAAAAGCAAUGACACGAUUCUGGAUGGGCUCUUACCUCAGAAAAAUGAAGAUUUUACCCACGGAUCUUAAAGUGCCUGUGUCUUUUAACCUGCCACCUGUUUAUGCUUUUAUCCAGAUGUUUUUAAAGCAUUUUAACUUGGAGCAGGAGGAGUUGCAUAUUUUAACUAACCAUCGGUCUCUGAUUUCUGUUGUGCAGGAGCGGGAACCAGUGAGUCCAGUGCGCGGGCUCGCAUUCGGCGAGCCCUCGACAGUUUGGCGCAACGUCAACCAUUCCGCUCUUCCAAACAGACUCCGGGACCUGUCAUGGAUGGUGGCUCAUGAGAUCCUCCCAGUUAGGUCCGUUAUGCACUCCCGGGGCAUGUCAACGCUCUCAACCUGCCCCCGACCUGGUUGUGGCGCGCCUGAGUCGGUGAGGCAUCUGCUCUGGGAGUGCAGUGCUGCCGUAGACCAGUGGGCAACAGCCGGCUCCUUACAAUUCCCGUACUUGCCAGCAAGGGAGGUCCUCACAGCACAACUAGUGCUCUAUGGGGUGAGCCAAGCAGCGAUAAAAAAGAAUGACUUUGCCAAGCAGUGGCUCACCCUAGCUGCCAUCAAAGACGCCAUGUGGACCUCCAGAAACUUGCUGGUAAGAAAGCACAUGCAGAUCCCCCCCGUGGCUGUGAUCCGGAUGGCCGCAGCGACGGCCCAAGCGGCCGGAGCUGCUGGCGGCGGGCCUAGGACACAGCCACAAAGAAGCAUCGCCUCUGUGCCCAUUUGGAGGAAGGAGCCGGAGCUACACGCAAAAAGGUCAAAGCAGCGGCGGCCUGGCUCUCCGGGUGAGGCAGGUGGGAAGGAGCAUCAGUGUGAGAGUCUCCUCUGA